AUGUAAAACAAAUAUCUAAAUAUAUAUAUGUGAAAAUAUAUACUCGCACGGUUGUGCGGGUGGAAAUCUAGUUUAUAUUUUAAAUUAAAAGAUAUCAAAUUAUAUUAUGAUUUAAGUAGCUAAAAAAUUAUAUAUUAGCAUUAAGGAAAUACAUUAAAUAAAAAAAAUUAAAUGAUGAUCCAAAUAAAAAUAUCACACAUGGAGCAAAUUGUAUUUGUUAACCAAUCCGGGUUUUUAGGAGUCGUUGUUAUAUUAGGAUUGAUAUAUUAUUAAUUCAUAUUAUUAGUAAUAAAUAAAUGAUAACUGAUUUCUAGUGAGGGUUCAUUUUUUUAAAAAAUCACACAUGAAUCAAGGUUGUGAUUUCUGUUUUAAUAUAUAAGAUAUCUAAGAGUCGAAGGAUCCGAUCCGAACUCUGGCUGAGGACCUGAGUGCGCAUGCCUAUAUGAUCUCUAGUCAAAAGUUCUAAACCUUCUGACGCAUCUAGAAGCUUUCUGUUGUCGGAACCAAGUCUUUCUUUUCUUUUUUCUUUUUUGGUUGGAAGCAGCCGCAGCAGCUCCUCAAUUUCAUCUCGUUCCUGCGACGAUGUCUAUCUACAGAAUCGCUAGAGCCUUACCCUUCUCGGCCCUCUUCAGGCAGCUUGAGAAAGAAGCCGAAACUGUGAUCAGUGUCCUGCGACCUGGCCCAUUGGGAAUCAUAGAACACAAGUUCACGCCUCAAGAGAUUCGCCAGGCCAAAGCUACAGUGUGUAGAUCAGUCGAUAAUUGGCGAAGACAUUCUAAUCAUGCUAAUGGCGUUUUAAAUCGUUUCAUCUAUAAAUGAAAUAAGUCAAUACAUCUCCACUCUUGAAUAAAAUGCCUUUUCAUUUUGUUAAAACAAAGAUUAAUCAAAAAAAAAAAGCAAACGUUUCUCUGUUA